AUGUCUUCAAGUAGGACAGUAAUGUUGCUGGGUGGUCUUCCAGCGAGUGGAAAGAGUACGCUGGCAAAGAAAAUUCAAUCUCACUUCGAAACCGACGGCAAUUUAUCAUGCGUUCAUUUGGAAUAUGAUGUCUUUGAAGAUGAAAUUUCUUCGACCUUUCAAGAUGUAGGAUCAGGAACAAAACCACAGGAAGCAAGGGAUAAUACGAUUACAGCUUGGAAUGAAGCGCGAAAGGCUGCAGUUGCUAACCUGGAAGGUGUCCUUCGAAAAGCUCGUAUAGAGGAAUCUUUAGUUGUUUUAAUGGAUGACAACUAUCACCUCAGGGGCAUGCGAAAGCAAAUUCAUCGACUUCUUUUAGAUCAUGAUCACGGUCCUGGUCAACAGCUUAACUUUGGUAUCCUUUGGAUGGAAACUGAUGUGGAAACGUGUUUACAACGCAAUGAAUCACGAACGAGGCGAGUCCCAAAGCACGUCAUUCAGAAAAUGAAAGAUACUUUGGAGAAACCACGUGCUAACUGGGAAGCAUACUGCCUUUCAAUAUCUGAUGAGACGCCAUUCGGAGACAUUCUAAACUUUAUCAAUAACUGUCAGGAAAUCCAGGAACUGCCACAAGACUUGGUGGAUCAGAAACAACAGGAGAAAGAUCGAAUUCAAACGUCCGAGAACCAACGACACGAUUGGGACAACCUGCUGCGCUCCUGGGUAGGGCAAGUCGCCAAGUAUGACAAGACACUAGCCAGAAGUGCCAAUGCCGCUCGGAAAGAAGUGAUGACUCAGAUCAAAGCAACAGUUUCCGAGGUAAAGUCAGAAAGAGAUUUGCUUGAGAGAUUCAUAGAUUAUGUUGUAGUAUCCACUGAUAGAGAAAGCAUUCAUGAAGAAUUGAAGAGUGCAUUGCAGGAAUAA